AUGGAUUGCUCACCUGAAGCUAUGUGGAGAAUAUACGGCUUCAUUGUUAAUGAAAUGUACCCAUCAGUAUAUAGCUUACAUUUACAUCUUGAGGAUCAGCACCAAGUAACUUUUCGAGCAAAUGAAGACUUAAUCAAUGUUCUCAACUUUGAUUGGUCUGCAAAAUCAAUGUUAACAGAAUUCUUUGCAUUAAACCGAGUGGAUGAAAAUGCCAGGACAUUGUUGUACAAAGAAUUUCCAGAAUUUUAUGCUUGGAGCCAACAAUACAAAGAGUGGACUCGUCGGAAAAAAAAAACUAUUAUAGGUCGAAUUGUUACAGCAAAUUCAUUUGAAGGUGAGAGGUAUUAUCUGCGAAUAUUGCUAAAUCAUAUAAGAGGACCUUUAUCAUUUGAAGAUCUUAGGACAGUUGAUGGUAUCAUGGCUCCAACAUUUCGUGAGGCAGCAACUAUGCAUGGUUUGCUACAAAGAGACAGUAGCUUAGAAGAUUGUUUACAUGAAGCAUCUCUAUAUCAAAUGCCGUCCAGUUUGAGACGACUAUUUGCAACUAUUUUAGUUUAUUGUAAUCCAACCAAUCCGAGAUAG